CAGAGAAAUAUAUUUUACUGCAAUAUAUUAUUUUAUUUUCUACUCUUUUCAUAAUUUUGUCGUUCCAAAUUGAAUGGAACAGUCGAAAAUAGCAGCAAAUUCUCAUAUGAAAGAGGAUCAUUCUUCGCAACAUUCCAUGAAAAGAGAUACUAAUAUCAAGUACUCGGGAAGUCCUCGUCAUCGAAAAGUGUCAGCAAGAUGGGAUCCAGAUGAAGCAUGUCGACCUAAGAUUGAUGAUGCUCCAGUGUUUUAUCCUACUGUUGAGGAGUUUGAAGACACACUUGCCUACAUAGAAAAAAUUCGUGCUGAAGCUGUAUCAUUUGGUAUAUGUCGGAUUGUUCCGCCACCUUCCUGGAGACCACCUUGUCCACUUAAAGAGAGUGAUAUAUGGGAACAUGCUAAAUUUUCAACAAGAAUUCAGCAGGUUGAUUUACUUCAAAAUAGGGAGCCAAUGAGAAAGAAAAGUAGAAGCCGAAAACGGAAACGGGGAAGGCAUUCUAGAAUGGGAGCCUCUAGAAGAGGUGCCAAUUCUAGUUCUGAAUCUAUUGUUACUUCCGAGACUGAUGAGAAGUUUGGCUUUAACUCAGGAUCAGAUUUCACUCUUGAAGAAUUCCAGAGAUAUGCAGAUGAAUUUAAGGAGACAUACUUUCGAAAGGACUGUAGUGAGGUAUUUAAGUCUGGUAUGAAUGAAUGCGGGAAAUGGGAGCCGUCUUGGGAGGAUAUUGAAGGUGAAUACUGGAGGAUAGUUGAGCAACCGAAAGAUGAGGUUGAGGUAUAUUAUGGAGCUGACUUGGAAACAGGAAUAUUUGGCAGUGGCUUUCCUAAGACAUCAUCUAUGUCAACUGGAAAUGAUGCCGAUAAAUAUGCAAUGUCAGGUUGGAACCUAAAUAAUUUCCCGCGCUUACAAGGUUCAGUGUUAUCUUUUGAAGGAUGUGAUAUAUCUGGAGUUCUAGUACCAUGGCUCUAUGUGGGGAUGUGUUUCUCGUCAUUUUGUUGGCAUGUUGAGGACCACCAUCUUUAUUCACUAAACUAUAUGCACUUUGGCAAUCCAAAAAUAUGGUAUGGAGUGCCUGGGAAUCGUGCUACAUCUUUGGAGGCUGCAAUGAGAAAGCAUCUGCCCGAUUUGUUUGAAGAACAACCUGAUUUACUCAAUGAAUUGGUCACUCAACUAUCUCCUUCAAUUCUGAAAGCCGAGGGUGUACCUGUCUAUCGAGUAGUACAGCAUUCCGGAGAGUUUGUUCUUACCUUUCCAAGGGCGUAUCAUUCCGGAUUUAACUGUGGCUUCAACUGUGCAGAGGCAGUGAAUGUUGCUCCUGUUGAUUGGCUAGAAAAUGGCCAGCUUGCAGUUGAGCUCUACAGUGAGCAGCAUCGUAAGACAUCACUCUCCCAUGACAAGCUGCUUUUAGGAUCAGCUCGGCAAGCCAUCCAAGCUCUCAGGGAGUUAUAUGUUCUUGGAAAAGAAACUCCAGGAAACUUGUGGUGGAAAUGUGUCUGUGGGAAGGACGGGAUGCUUACAAAGGCUGUGAGGAUGAGAAAGCAGAUGGAAGAGGAAAGAAUAAAUUGCCUUCCACCUCAUAUACCCAUACGAAAGAUGGACAAAGACUUUGAUUUGGAAAGCGAGAGGGAAUGUUUCUCUUGUUUCUAUGACUUGCAUCUAUCUGCCUGCAGCUGCAAGUGCUCUCCUGAACAAUAUGCUUGUCUGAAACAUGUAAAAAAUUUCUGCUCAUGCCAAGAUGAAGACAGAUUUGUCCUCCUUCGCUAUACUGUUGAUGAACUGCAAAUGCUAGUCAAAGUCCUGGAGGGAGGAUUAGAUGCUGUCAAGCUAUGGGCAUCCAGAGAUCUUGGAUUGGUCUCUGAUAAUGAUUGCGAUGCUAAUGUGACUAACUUGGUUCAGGAUAGUGAGGUAUUAAAAGCUGAGCCCGCUCAACUAAGGGAGAGUUUCUCUUGCUCCUCAAGAGUGGAAGAAAAGGUGGAUAUUAAUACUCCUUGCUCAUAUGGUCAUUUUUCUUCAGAAGUAGUGCUGUCAGAGUCUCAGCCUAAAUUAAAAGCCUCCCAUGUCACCGCCGAUAGUCAUAACAAUGUCUUAAAUGUUGGAGUUAUUGUCAUAGAAAACAGAACAAACUUGGAGCGGGACACCUGUAUUGACUUAAAUCAAGAUAUUAUAUCUGAUUUUCCUGCAAGGAAGUCAUUGUGUGAUUCUGAUAGCUCCAAUAACAACAGUGGUACUGACGUUGAGACAUUUUUGCGAGAGAAAAAUUGUGGAUUGGAUGACGUAAACGAACCUGUUCUGAAGAGACUCAAGAGUGAUUGUAGCUCUUCAAUUUCUCGAGAAUAUUCCAACAAGUAUCAGCAUUCAAUUUCAACGAGUCAUAAGAAUUCUGAUGGCUUUGAGGGCAAGAAAUUAUUUGGCAUGGAACUUCAGUUUCCUCGUAUCAGUGCAGGACAAUCAAAUACCUUGAUGAUGGCAGAAACUGUCAACAGCUCAGAUGUAAUUGCAUCUACAGCUGUCCAAGGUCAUCCUUCUGUUGAACCUUUAAAUUUUGGGUCCGUCAUAUUUGGAAAACUAUGGUGCAGUAAUCAAGCCAUAUUCCCGAAAGGUUUUAGAAGCCGUGUCAAGUACUUUAAUGUGCUCAACCCAACAGAGGUUUCUAGCUACAUUUCUGAAGUCUUAGAUAUUGGGCUCCUUGGACCUCUGUUUAAGGUUACUUUAGAAGUCUGCCCCACCAUAACCUUCUCGAACAUGUCGGCAGACAAAUGUUGGCAAAUGGUGCUGCAGCAAUUAAAUCAAGAAAUUCUGAGGAGAAGAAACCUGGGGGAGAGUGGGUUGCUUCCUUUACAAUCUCUGCAGACCAUCAAUGGGCUCGAGAUGUUUGGAUUUUUAUCACCACCAAUAGUUCAGGCUAUUGAAGCUCUUGAUCCAAAUCAGAAAUGCUUGGAGUACUGGAAUAACAAGUCCACUCGUGAUAACAAUGAAGUUAAAAAGUACUCACUUAGAUUGAGCUGCUCGGUAGGCGAAUCAAAAGCUAAAGUUUUUGGUGUUGAUUUGAGUAACCAAUGUCACGAUGAUCCCAGUCAACACUCUGUUGAUGAAGUAGAGGUAGUUCUAAGAGGACUUUUCAAGAAGGCAAGUCCUGAAGAGUUAAAAAUAAUGCACAGGGUACUAUGCAGCGAUGCACAAAGUGCAGAACGCCGAGUGGCAUAUGAAAAAUUGACGGAGGAGAUCCAUAAAACAUGUCGGUGAACAGCAUCUUCCGAAAAUAAAGGUAGUUGAUUCUGAUGAGUAGUAGUUGUUAUUUAGGUUUGAUUGUUGGAUUACCACACUGAUUCUUUUAAACAACUGGUAUAGUGCUAGUACGGCACAAGCAGGCAUUGUGAUUGCCAAUGUGCUGAGAGUCCCCCAUUGUUAAUGCCACUAACAUAUCAUACAUACAUACAACCUUGCUGAAUUUUGGUAGCCUUGCUCAAAUACAUGUCCUUUUA